AUGUCCGAGCCCAUGCUCGGCGCCGUCCGCCAGUCUUUCGCCCACCCUCCCCCGGCCCCGCCACACGACGCGUUCUACUCGACCGCAUCCUCUGCCAACGUGGUCCAGCCAUCACCCAUCUCUCCCCGUCCUUCCUCCUCCUUCUCGUCCUACGGCGCCCCCUACCCCGAACAUCAGCGUGAGUCCUCCGGCGCGUCCCUCUCCGAUCCCUACGGACACCCCUCGUCCGGCUGGACGGGCAUGAAGCACUCGGAGCUUGAGCAGGACGCGACGCUCGCGAGCUCCCCGCUCUCCCCGCUCUAUGACGGCAGCGUCGCGAGCGGAUCCGACGCGUCUGUCACCGGCCUGCCGUCACCUCCCGCACACGCGCGCCCCUCGCCCGCGAAGCAACUCGCGUCCAUCCCCGCGAUGCGCCCCUCGCCAAACCUCCAGGCGCCGCUCCCUGGAGCGGGUGCGAGCGCAACCCCGCGCGGGGGCGGGCCGAACAGCAAGACGUACUCGUUCGUGUCGCUGGCCGGGAACGCGGUGAAGAAGCGGCCGCGCCGGCGGUACGAUGAGAUCGAGCGACUGUAUCAGUGCAGUUGGCCCAACUGCACCAAGGCGUACGGCACUCUCAACCACCUCAACGCCCACGUUACCAUGCAGCGGCAUGGCGCGAAGCGCAGCCCCAAUGAGUUCAAGGACCUCCGGAAGAAAUGGCGGCAGGAAAAGAAGGAGGCCGAAGAGGCCGAGCGCGAGCGCGAACGGGAGCAACACGCUCAGGCCCUGGCUAUGCGCGAGAUGCAGAUGUCCCAGAUGUCCGACUACGAGCAGGCACGCUUCGCGCCACGGCGAAGGGUGAGUAUGGCGGAGCCGUACUCCGAUCACCAUCUGCCGUCCGGCCCUCAGUCUCUGCCAAACCAUUCGUACAUGCAUAGCGCAAUGCAAGGUUCAUACCUCCAGCAAGCAGGCAUGGCCGUUGAAGGGCGCUACGGUCUCUCAUCUCCGGUGGAGGAGUACCGCUACUCUCACCCGACGAUGGAAGGCCUGCCGUCCCUCACCAUCCCUCAGCACUCUCCCGAAGAGGAGCACUACUACCGCCAGACGCAACAGCCGACACCGCAUGGCGAGCUUGGCUGGAGCCACCCGCACCCUUCCACACCACACAGUAUGCGGUCCGCGCACGCCUACUAUAACACCCCGGGCAGCAUCAUUCUCCCUCCUCCCCACACUCUCGGCGGCCUUUCGUCUUCCGCACCGACCCCGAGCCCGCUCUCCGCUGGGCCCUUCACACCUCUCGCCGCGAACCCAACUCCAUCAUCGCUUUCCGGCGCGGCUCCCGUCAGCCUGAGCAUCUCCGGAGCGGUUGCUCCGGGGCAUGACAGUGGGUCGGCCACCCCCGAGCUUGCCGCGCAUGUCUCACUGGGGUCGAACAGGCUCCCUCCCGACUCCACCCUGCUCACCCCCCUCCCUGGAUACGAGCCCGACAUCGAACACCACGACGGCCGCGAGCGGGAGCGGGAGCGGGAUCGCGACUUCGGACGUGAACGUGGGGACGAUCGCUGGGGGUCCGAACGGGAUCGCGAGCGGUACUACACGGGCAACGGCCAGGGUGCGGGCAGGGAACACCACUACGAGUAG